ACGAAGGGGAUGGAAAUCACAUUAGAAAUCCCCACCCAAGGCCACGCCCGGCCUACGCAGUAUAUAGACGAUGGGCCGUCCCAAGUCUCCGGGUCCCAGAUCAGAUCUCUCGCUCAUCCGACCUAGACUUCAACGCCGACGAUCGUCAUCCAAGCACAGUCCAGCACUAAUAAGCGUAUUACCCACGAGGACAACAUGGCGUCAGCGCCGCACUCAUCAUCAUCGUCCAUCACGGCGACCGAGGCCGAUGUUGAGGCCCAGAAGCCUGUCAACAAGGCCAACUACUUCCACCUCCUCUUCGACCAGGCUGGCGUGACAGAGGCCGUUCUCGAACGCAAAUACCCCGGACAGGGCACCGACGAGGCCCCCUACGUCGUCGACUUCCUCCCCGAGGAUGCCCACAAUCCCCAGACCUUCCCCAAGUGGAAGAAGUGGACGUACACCAUCGAGCAGGCCCUCGCUACCCUGGCCGUCGCCUUUGUGAGCACGGCCUACUCUGGUGGUAUCGCCGAGGUCAUUCGCGACUUCAAGGUGUCGACCGAGAUUGGUAUCCUGGGUGUUUCUCUCUUUGUCGUUGGCUUCGCCGUCGGUCCCCUCAUGUGGGCGCCCCUGUCUGAGCUGUACGGACGUCAGUACCUCUUCAUCGCCACCUACAUCGCCCUCACUGCCUUCAACGCCGGUGCCGCCGGUGCCCAAAACAUUGAGACGCUCAUCAUUCUACGCUUCUUCGCCGGCACGUUUGGUGCCUCGCCCAUGACCAACGCCGGCGGUGUCAUUGCCGACAUGUUCAACGCCAACGAGCGCGGCCUGGCCACGGCCAUCUUUGCUGCCGCCCCCUUCCUUGGGCCGUCUAUCGGCCCCAUUGUUGGUGGUUUCCUCGGCGUCGCUGAAGGCUGGCGCUGGAUCGAGGGUCUCAUGGCCAUCUUCACCGGCAUCCUCCUCAUCGUCGUCGGCCUGACCGUCCCCGAGACGUACGCGCCCGUCCUCCUCCGCCGCCGCGCCGAGAAGCUCGCCAAGAUCACGGGCAAGAACUACAUUUCAAAGUACGAGGCCCACGCGCCCCGCAAGACCGUCGCCCAACAGUUCAAGGUCGCCCUCUCCCGCCCCUGGAUCCUCCUCUUCAAGGAGCCCAUCGUCCUCCUGACCUCCAUCUACAUGGCCAUCGUCUACGGCACCCUCUACAUGCUCUUCGCCGCCUUCCCCAUCGUUUUCCAGCGCGGUCGUGGCUGGUCCCCCGGCGUCGGCGGUCUGGCCUUCCUCGGUGUCGCCGUCGGCAUGAUCUUCGCCGUCAUCUACACCGGCUUCGACAGCCGCCGCUACCUCAAGGUCUCGGCCGCCCACGGCGGCUUCGCUCCGCCCGAGGCCCGUCUCCCGCCCUCCAUGGUCGGCGCCUGCCUGCUCCCCAUCGGCCUCUUCUGGUUCGCCUGGACAAACGGCCCCGAGAUCCACUGGGUCGUCUCCAUCAUCGCCUCAGGCUUCUUCGCCGCGGGUCUCGUCCUCGUCUUUCUGAGUCUGCUCAACUACCUCAUCGACUCGUACGUCAUCUUCGCCGCCUCCGUCCUGGCCGCCAACUCGGUCAUGCGGUCCCUCUUUGGCGCCGCCUUCCCCCUCUUCACUACACAAAUGUACGAGAAUCUCGGCAUCCACUGGGCUUCGUCCAUCCCGGCCUUCCUCGCCCUCGCCUGCCUGCCCUUCCCCUUCCUCUUUUACAAGUACGGCCCCGUUAUCCGCGCAAAGUGCGCCUUCGCCGCCGAGGCCGCCGCCGUGCUGGAGCGCAUGCGCAAGACGCACGAGGAGGUUAACGAGGACGAGGCCAUGGCGGAGGAGCAAGAGCACGAGAAGGAGCACAAGCGCAACAAGUCCGUCGAUGGCGGCGUCUUGUCCGAUGACGAGCAGACCGUCCAGGGCGAGCCCGAGACUCCCAAAGCCUAAAAUCUAUGCGACGUAUCUGCACGACGCACUAGACGACAUUUCUUCACUACGUAUUAGAAUAGAUGGAAGCAUGGAUAGACGAUGAUACCCGGAGCGGCACGUGUCACGGCAUGAUGUUAGCAUUUACA